UGGUUUAGUUUUGCCCUUUAAUCCAAACAGCUCUAACAUAAAGAAAAAAGAAAAAUUGAACCUAAUACUCCGCCAACAACUCAGCCCUGCUUCAGUAACCGGAGGAAAUGAACUGCGACUGCGCCUUCCAGAACCAGUUGUUGCUGUCACUCUGAACUGAACUCAAAGCACGUUAAUCACCAACAACAUAGUGUCAUCCAUGGCCUUCUUCGUCAAAUCAAGUGUACGCUUGCACCGUUCCCUCUCACCCCUCUCACCCACCACUUUCAAACUAUACUCUUCUCCAGCUUCACCUCAACAUGACCUCAUCGCCGAAAAGUUCCACACAGCGAUCAAAGACCACCACCGCAAAAACCCUAACCCCGACGCCGCGCCACCCUCACCUACUCUCACAAUCCCCGACCUCGCCCUCGAAUUCUCUAGACUCUCCGCCGCCCACCCAAUCUCCCCCUCCACCGCCCGCCGCGUCAUCGAGAAAUGCGGCGCCAUCCGCCACGGGAUCCCCUUCUACCAGUCCCUCGCAUUCUUCAACUGGGCCACCUCCCUAAAAAAUUUCCCCUCCUCGCCUGAACCCUACAUCGAGAUGCUCGACCUCGCCGGAAAGCUCCGACACUUCGACCUCGCGUGGCACCUCAUCGAUUCGAUGAAGACCCGCGGCGUUGAGAUAACGGCUGAGACGUUCUCCGUCCUCAUCCGCCGCUACGUGAGAGCAGGAUUGGCGGCGGAGGCGGUGCACGCUUUCAACCGGAUGGAAGAUUACGGUGUUGCCCCUGACAAGGUUGCGGUUUCAAUUGUGGUUAGUAGCUUGUGUAGGAAGCGUAGAGCGGAAGAAGCUCAAUCGUUUUUUGACAGUGUGAAGGACAGGUUUGAACCUGAUGUGAUAUUGUACACUAGCUUAAUUCAUGGGUGGUGCAGGGCUGGGAAGAUAGAAAGAGCUGAAGAGAUUUUCAAGGACAUGAAAGAUGCUGGAAUUAAGCCUAAUGUUCAUACUUACAGCAUUGUGAUUGACUCACUGUGUAGAUGCGGGCAAAUCACGCGUGCUCAUGAUGUUUUCGCUGAGAUGAUUGAUGCAGGUUGUAAUCCGAAUGCGGUUACUUUCAAUAGUCUUAUGCGGGUUCAUGUCAAAGCUGGAAGGACUGAAAAGGUCUUACAGGUUUUCAAUCAGAUGAAGAGGUUCAAUUGUGCUGCUGAUACUAUUGGCUAUAAUUUCCUGAUUGAGUGUCAUUGUAGGGAUGAGAAUCUUGAAGAGGCUGUGAAAGUUCUCAACUUGAUGGUUAAGAAAGGGGUUGCUCCUAAUUCAUCCACUUUCAAUUCAAUUUUCGGGUGCAUAGCUAAGUUGCAUGAUGUGAAUGGCGCUCAUCGGAUGUAUGCUAAGAUGAAGGAACUGAAUUGCUUGCCCAACACAUUGACUUAUAAUAUACUGAUGAGAAUGUUUGCUGAGUCGAAAUCUAUUGACAUGGUUCUGAAAUUGAAGAAGGAAAUGGAUGAGAAUCAAGUGGAGCCUAACGUGAACACUUACCGCAUUUUGAUUUUGAUGUUCUGUGAAAAGGGGCACUGGAACAAUGCCUACAAGUUGAUGAAGGAGAUGGUUGAAGAAAAAAGCCUAAAACCAAAUCUGCAAGUUUAUGAAAAUGUUCUAGAGCUGCUGAGGAAGGCUGGACAGCUUAAAAUGCAUGAAGAGUUGGUGGAGAAGAUGGUUGCCAGGGGAUUUGUCUCUCGCCCUUUGUAGAAGCAGCUUCAUCAUUAACAUCUAUAAGCCAAAUAAGAGAACUUUCUAGUAAGACUAUAAAAUGUUGGUAUUAUUUGCUAAUUACUGUAAGUGAUAGGAAAUGAGGGUCUUAUUAUUUAUUUUAAAAAUUGUGUGCUUUAUUCAUUUUAGUUUUGAGGCUGGCAUUAAUUUUGUAUCCUGAUGAUGAAUGUUGGCUUUAGCUGAUUAAGGUCCUGUAUGAAGUUCUUUUUACUUGAACUUGAUGGGAUGAUUUAUAAUUUUAUUAAUGGCAGAAAUAGAAGUGUUCUUGAAGGAAA